AUUCGCAGCUAGCUUCACGUUGACUGUGCGCCACAAACAGCCGCAGUAUCGACAAACGUUCACAAAACGUUUAGACGUAACAACCAUAGUGUCACUUCUCUUCUUAUUUCAUUAACUACACCAUACAAAACUUCAAUUUUCCUUCGUUUUUAGUUGUAUAAGUGUUAAGUGUUACCGUUAUUAUGUUAAAAUAAUUCAUAGUGCUGCAUAAUCGUACAUAUUUUCAAGCAAUUACGUAAUGGGAAUUAUGCUAGACAAGUUUAAAGUUUUGCCCUGAAAUUCAACAUGGCCGCUGACACUGGGAUGGAUACUUGCCCCAGUCCGGAAAUCACGGACUCGAGGAAACGGCCGCUCGACGGCGACUCGGAAAAUGGAGACGUUAAGCGAUCACAUUUUAGCUCGGUGCAAGACUUGGUGACCGCGUUGCCUCUGGCCAACGGCCAUGGCAAUAUUACGUCUCAUUUCGCCGUGGAGCCGACAUACCACUUCAAGGUGCUGGUGCCGUCCAUGGUGGCCGGCGCCAUCAUCGGCAAGGGUGGCGAGACCAUCGCCCAGCUGCAGAAGGACACUGGCGCUAGGGUCAAGAUGUCCAAGUCCCACGACUUCUACCCUGGAACUACGGAGCGAGCAUGCCUGAUCACCGGCUCUGUCGACGGCAUCAUGGUCGUCCUGGACUUCAUCAUGGACAAAAUCAAGGAGAAGCCCGAGCUCGUCAAACCAUUCCCAGAGGGCGUGGACACCAAGAUGCCCCAGGAUAGAGACAAGCAGGUGAAGAUCCUGGUGCCUAACUCAACAGCUGGCAUGAUCAUCGGCAAGGGCGGCAACUACAUCAAGCAGAUCAAGGAACAGAGUGGCAGCUACGUGCAGAUCUCGCAAAAAGCUAAGGAGCUGUCGCUGCAAGAGAGGUGCAUCACCGUCGUGGGUGAGAAGGAGAACAACAAGAAGGCCUGCCUGAUGAUCCUGCAGAAGGUCGUGGACGACCCGCAGUCCGGGUCCUGCCCCAACGUGUCGUACGCGGACGUGGCGGGGCCCGUGGCCAACUACAACCCGACCGGCUCGCCCUACGCCGUGCCCACCGCUGAGGUGAAAGAGAACCACGCGCUGAGCGGCGUGGGAGGAGGCGUGGGCGGCGUGCUGGUGAACGGCGCGGGCGUGGGCGGCGUGGCGGGCGGGCUGGGCGCGCUGUCGCUGUCGCUGUCGCUGGCGCCGCCCGGCUCGCAGCCGCCCGCGCCGCUCACGCAGCACACGCUGGACCACAUCAAGGCGGCGCUGCGCCAGGCCGGCUACAGCGAGGCCGGCAUCUCCGAGAUCGGCGCGGCGCUGGCGCUGCUGGUGAAGCACGGCGUGCUGGGGCUGGCGCUGCCGGCCGCGCUGCCCGCGCCGCCGCUGUCGGCCGCCUACUUCCCGCUGCCGGCGCAGGACCCGCCCGCCGUCUUCGGGCCCAUCGGACAGGUGCCGCUCGGCGGCGCGCGCGGCGGCUCCUUAGAGCGUUUCGCGGAGGUUGCAUUCGAGGCGCUUCGCCCCCCAGCCGUGGCGCCCAUCUCGCUGUCGGCCGGCGUGGGCAGCGUGGGCGGCGUAGGAGGCGUGGGCGGCGUGGCCGGCUUCCCCUCUGCCUCGCUGCUGCCGCUGUCCAAGAGUCCCACGCCCGCCGACGCGGGGGCCAAGGACUCCAAGAAUGUCGAGAUCGCAGAGGUCAUCGUCGGGGCUAUACUCGGCCCCGGCGGGCGCAGCCUGGUGGAGAUCCAGCAGAUGUCGGGCGCCAACAUCCAGAUCUCGAAGAAGGGCACGUUCGCGCCCGGCACCCGCAACCGCAUCGUGACCAUCACGGGCACGGCCACGGCCAUCAGCAACGCGCAGUACCUCAUCGAGCAGAAGAUCCAGGAGGAGGAGCUGAAGCGCACGCGCCACAACGCCAUCUCCGGCCUCAUGCAGUAACCGCCGCCACCCGACCGACUACACUCUGUACAUUUCUUGUAUUUCGUUCUAGCGUAGUGUCUAGUUCUAGUCAAACACUGUUGGAUCACAGACCGUCUGCGUCGCUCGGUCACCUUAAACUAUUGGCGCGAGUUACCUGACUCUAGUUAAGAAGUUUUGUUUUGUUUUAAUCUGACGGAGGAUAUAAUUUAUGCAGCUGUAGGCACGCCCCGCCGGGGCCCCGGCCGCCACUAGCUCGGGGCCCCGCCGCUCACUUUACGUUCUUAUCGUGAUGACAAGUCAUUAUUUUGUUCUGCCUAGCAGACGUUAUUGUUGUUUAAGAUAUAAUAAUGAAAAUAUUGUGAUAUCUCCUAUCACGGAAAUUCCUAUUCCAUACACAUAUUAUUUUUGUAUAUUAUUCACCACAGCAUACAUUUUUUUAUUUACAAAGUUGAGUUCAUUGUAAAUGUUACCAUUGAUAAGUUAUUUUUCUUUAGUUUAUUAGGAUUAGUGAUGUGGUUAAUUAAUGAAUAAUAAACCUACGCUCGCGCGACGUCCCGCUGGAGACGGCGCCGACGUCAUACGCAACACUGUGGGAGUUUAGGAGCUGAGUCCUACCAAAGUUUUAUUUACUGACAUGCUACCGCAAGCGUCGCCGUGGUGGCGCCCUCUACCGACCGCUCCGACUGAGACGUUCACGCGUACUUCGUUUAGUCCGACCCAGCCAGCGGCGGUCGGCGGCCGGGCAUGUUGCAAUAGUCGCCGGUAGAGGGCCACCCAGUCUCACUCGGGGCUAGGUACCAACCUGGCGAGCUGUUGUUCAUUCCUGAUUUCUCUCGGUAAAGAUCUUUAUUUUUUUAUACAUUUAUAAAACAAAAUGAAAAUAUCUAAUCGUUUUUAAAUAUUUUUUUUAUUAGGAAUGUUUCAUAGUUAUUGAUUUGUUGUCGGUCUAAAUUUGUCUUACGAUAUAAGUACAAUUUAAAUAAUAAUAAUAAUAGUAAAUGCAUGUCCAGACUAGUAGAUGAAAGUAAUAAGAAAAUAUUUUAAACAUUUUAAAUGCAGAUUUCUAUAUUAUCGAGAUGACAAUAUAAAUGAUAUAUUCUUAUUUACAGUUACUAUAUUGAUUGAAUAUUUUAUUUUUGCGCCGUCGUUUAACCAAGACGUUCUUUUAGUGUCUGUUAGUGUCCACACGACGACCACUGCCGGUCCGGUUCGGCUGCGACCCGGAAUCAGAUCUACCAAAUACUUAACGAUGUAGGGCUGCAGCGAGGUGGCGGCCGGCAGCGGUCUGCGUGUGAUGGUAGAGUUACAUAAUAUUAUAAACUGUGAUUGUUUUCGUCGACAUUGUCAAGGUACUACGUGUCAGUCUCCACUUAGUGUAGAAGCCGUUCGGUACUUCGUCGGAGGGUAGUUAUAAGUUGUGUUUGUUUACCUCAGAAGUGCCAUCGUUCUAGAUACAGGAUUAGUGAGGUGAGCCUCUCGACUUGUCCAAUGUUUCGCACGACUACUUGCUGUCUAACUAUUCGGGCCCGCGUUGGGCGCCAGCGCGUACUACGGUAACAUGAUAAUGCAGAUAGUCUACUGGUUGACUCGCGAAGGCGGUGACUACAUCAAAUGUGAAUAAACGUAUGAAGUACAAAAGAAAACGUAUUCAUAAUAAAUGAUAUAAUAAUUUGAAAUCGGCUUAAUGAUGAAAGCUAAUGUACGAUGAUAGUGUUUAAGGAAUCGGAAUUGAGAGACAAUUUCUCAGCUAAUUCAUUCACAAUUACGCGAUUAUAAUAUAAAUAUUUUAACUAAUUAAUAAUUAGGGAAGUGAGCACGUUCUAUUCGCCAUAACCUCGUACUUCCGUGAGAGUGAAAUAAUAGUACUCGUACGUCGUAAGCUGCGGCGUGCGCGCGCGCCGCUCGGUGUAACUUGUGGAUAUUGUUAACUGAUCUAUUACAUAUAUACGUGUGUUAUGUAGUUAACAUUCGCAGUGUAGUGUGGCAUUACAGUAGCUAGUUAAUAUUUAUAUAAUAUUCAAUCUUUAAAGUAUAUACAUAAGUAAAGCUGUUGGAUACAUUUCCGGUGUUUUCGAAUUUUCUCAUCUUAACUAUGUAUAAUGGGGGUAGGUACAGAUAUCGUCUUGUGUCAAUUAAUUAAUAUGUCUGUGCGUUCGCGGUGGCUACAGCCGGGGAACUGAUGGGUUUGGGUGGGUACUAUGGUCGGGCCGACGCCGGCGCGUGGCAUGUAUGUGUAUGCAGGGCGGUGGAGUGACGCGCAGUGACCGCGAGCACACAGACGACGGUCGUGUCGGCCGCGGCCAGAACGCGAAUCGCCUGUCACGUCGAUUUAACAAGCUCAAUUUUAAUCGCAACUAAAUCUUGAUUAGUCGGUACGUAUAAGUCAAAUGCGUCAAUUAAAAGAAAUGUAUGGUUUCCAAAAAAUGAAAUAUCAUUUCACGGUUCGGGCGAGCUCUGGGGGGUAGACAUAGUUUCCGUCUCGUUUCUUCACUCUCUCUUUCUCUCUUUCUUAGUGACUGUGUUGUUAGUGGGCGCGGCGGCCGGGGCUCGGGCCGGGCGCGUGACGUCACGCCGCGGACGACCGCCGCGCCGACACUUGAUAGUUAACAAUGGAACUCUAGUUAGUUAUAAUUAACCUAUUUAAAAUCAAUAUAAUUAGAUAAUUUUAAAAUUACUGGGAAAAUGUUAAUGUUGUUAUACUGAAGUUGUUACAAUAUUUGAGAGUAUAUUAACGUGAAUACAAAAUACUUUAAGUGCGGUAAUCAUAAUCCGGAUAGUUUAUCGCGUGGUAAGAUAAUAAGCAGUAGAUGAUCGUUGAUCGCCCCGACUAGCACUCGGCAGCAGAAGGCGGCCCCGCGAGCCGCGCGCCACUCCCGCACCUUCACCGUCACUGUGUAAUGCUGUUACGAUUAAGGAAUUUCAAUGUUGUAGGAUAAGGUAGCUAGUUGUCAUUCUUCAUUAUACGGAACUAACGCAGAGGUUUCUCUCGGCACUCCGAGCCGGCACGUGGCGACACUCUGGCCGCGCGUCUCCUCGCAUCCUCCCAUUUUAAUUUUAAUAGCUAAAUGUUGUUGAAUUUGUUGAUAGAGUGGUUUAUUGUAAUUACUAUAGGUAGUCUAGUGGGUAUACACGCGAAGGUGGCAGCCGUUGGGUGCGCUAGGAUAGAGUAAGGUUCGAUACUGUGUUUAGGAAAAUGGCUGUGCGUUCAAGUCGAACUCAACAUUAAGACAUCACCAUAACGCUUGUUUCUGAUGGGCGCGAAUCGCACACGACGCUCGCGCGCUCUCCGCUCGGCGCUCGCUCGUGACUGUACUCGGGGUACUCGCCGGGACUCGGCGCACUCGGGCGCUCGGCGGUACUCGGCAAUACUCGGCUGCACUCGGCAGUGCUCAGAGCGCGCUCCACUCACUAUCUGUAUAUAAUUGCAUAACAUUUUUCAUUUACGUUACUCUCCUUGCUCAUUGUCAUCAAUUUAUUAAAGACUGAGGAAUCAACUCGCGCAUAUUGACAUCGUCACGAACGCGUCCCAAACGGUAGGGAUUUAAUUGUAAUAUAUAAUUGUUUAUUAAUCAUUAAAAUAAAAAUUUCGCUGUGUUUCAUGUGGGCUAGUCCGCCAGGGCGUUGUCGUGUGCGAUUCUCGCAGUACACUCGCGGUGUUUAACGUUUUCAUUGUUACACGUCAGUUUUAUUGUUAACGCCCAAGUUAAAGAUUCCCGUGAGUUGGCCGCUGCUGCGAGUGUACGGAGUGAGCGGGCGGCCGGCGCCGGCCCGGACCGGACCGGCCGGGGCCGACACUGCCGGGCCGGCGCCGCCCGCCCGCCGCGUACGUACCGGCCUCUCGGCCUCUCGGCCCCUCGGCCCCUCGAGCGCCGAUCAGUCGUUGUCUCAUCAACCUUUACACAUGUUGAGAUUGAUAUGUUAUACUAAUUCUAUUGAAUUAUAACUUGUUGCGUAUUAUAAGUAUGUAUAGAGCGAGCUCCGGCUCCGUACGUUAUGUGUAAAAUGUCAUACGUUGAUAACAUUUGUUGCUGUACAGUUCAGUGAUGGAAUUUUUAUUUUUUAUUAUUAAUAUUUUUUGUUAACUUGGUUUACGAUAAACGGGUCUGCAAUGUUAUGUAACGAGAAUAUAAUUUUUAAUUAAGUUUGAAUUUAAAAACAAUGUUGAAUAAUAAAUAUGUUUUGAAUUUAAAAUUCACUAUAUUUUAGUCAAUGUUUAUUAUUGUUUAGUUAGUUGUACUGUCAGAUUGAUUUUCUAAUGAAGUGUUAUUUUGCAAUGUUGUAAAUGAUAAGAGGUAAAAUGGAAGGAUACAAUGUCUUAGUGUUUAAAAGCUCGAAACCAAUUGAAAGGUACCUUGAACAUUGUCUAUAUUAUAUUAACAUUAAUAAAUGCAAAAAUUAA